AGAAAUCGGCUGUUACAAUAAAGUUUAUUUCGUUUUUGAACCAAGAAAUAAUCCAGUCACGUUCCAGUUGAAACCACGCCUGCUAUGGAUGAAUGGUCGUAUUGUAUAAACGGACUUUGGAAGCAAACCAACAUUCAUUGCACAUGGUACAUGGAAUACUUAAUUGAUCAUCUUUGAUAUAGGGAAAGCUAUGGAAAUUUUGAACGAUUGGAUUUACAAGCCAUUUGAGCACAAGAUGACAUCAGAAUGAGAGUGAAUCAAGCUGGUUCCUAUCAAAGAGGAUUUCCUAUAAAUUCAAGUCUUCCUACAUUGUUUUCAGCAAGAUUUGAAACUGGGAAUUCAAAAUGCUUGAAGCAUUUUUUUGAUACAAGUCUGUUUCUUGGAGCAGGGACUUUAUUGUGAGCUGAAGAAUAUAAAAUUCAGGAAAAGUUAUAGACCGACUUGAUGAAAAGCUGGAACAUUUUCACAUGGGAACAACAGGAUAGUACAAUUCAGACUUUGGAAUCAAGAAAACACAAAAGGAAAAUAAAGCUUACGGCUGUCUUAAGUUGUAAAAUAGCUUGAAACAUUCAAGCAUAAUAAUGAUUUUUCUCCUCACACAAAUCAUAYGAAGAAAUUGCUCAAAAACCAAGAAAAUGAACUUGUAAAAAACAAUUUUACAAUGGUUUGACUGGCAUAUUCAGCAAGAUUUGAACAGGAACUUCUAUGACACAAUUUUAAUGAAAUGUUACGCGAGCUUCAAAACCACAUGGUCGGGUUGAAACGAUAAGGCAAAACUGAAACCAAACAGAUCUUGAAUUURUGUUGUGUUUACCUCUGAUCAUGGAAAAUGAAGAAAAGGAACAGAAUUUUGGUGUCACGUAGAAAAAUACAAUCUAGAUAAGUAACUGGGGAGAAAAUCUAUCACUCUGUUUAAAUGUACAGUAAUAAYAAUUAUUAUUAUUACUAUUAUAUUCCACAUGGAAAUAUUAUGCAAAUCAAACGAGUAAUUUCUAUAAUUUCCAUAAUGAAAGGUCAAUUCCUUUCAUCUGGUGAAAAAAUCCCCUCAAAUUCAAGUGCUUUGAAAUGAUAGAAGUUUAGAGGUUUCCACCAAGUUGAAACAAUGGAACGAGAAGAAGAGAUAGCAACUGAGAGUUGCUUGCUUCACAACUCUUACCAAAAGAACAGGCCCUCUUCACAAUAUUUAUUCAAAUUUGAAUAAAUUGAAGAACGUCACCAUGUGGAUCAAGGCUCGCACUUUUGAUGGCAAGGAAGAAAAGCAAAUUGACAACCUUAGUAAACUUACUAAGAUCGAGGACCUGAAGGAAAGGAUCAAAAAGGCUUUUAAUGUUCCAGAUGAUAAUAAUAUUAGACUCUUCUUUAGAGGCAAACAGCUUGAACAUGGUCACACACUGUUUGACUAUAACAUUGGUCUCAAUGAGAAAGUUCAAUUCAUGGUCCAGCCUAUCAGCCAAGAUACUAGUGACUCAAGAGAGAAGGAGAAGGAGAAGGAUGAAUCUAUGUGUAAUGGGAAUGAUUCUGAAUCUGCUGCAACUGGGGAAGAAAUGAAGUAUACUGAUGCUCCAGRAGGUGACACAGGCUCAUCAAAUGAGGAAAGCACUUCUGCUUCAAAAUGUGACAUAAAGUCUCUUUACAAGAUUGGAUCUAAACUUGAUGCAAAAGACCCAAGUAUGGGAGCAUGGUUUGAGGCAGAAGUGGUAGACCUCAGUCUAGCUGAUCCAACAGAUCCAACUUCUGUUCUAUACCAUGUUAGAUAUGACGAGUAUGAAGAAAAUGAAAUCAAUAAACUUCCAGGUAAAGAUAUUAGACCAAGAGCAAGAACUCGGCUUCAAUGGGAUCAGAUUGAGGUUGGUCAAGUAGUCAUGGCAAACUACUGUCCUGAUGAACCUAAAGAGAGGGGAUUCUGGUACGAUGUCGAAAUAACCAGAAAGUCGUCCAAACAAAUCACCCUAGGAGGUGCUGAAUCUAGAAGAGGCAGUGGAAGAAGCCUUUAUGGGAAAUUGUUGCUUGGAACAACUGAAGGGAAUGAAAUCCCAGUAGAACAAGAAUGUCAGCUGAUGUUCCUGGAUGAAAUAUUCAAGAUUGAACAAUCACCAGAUGUGGGUGAAAGUAGCCAAGCAGCCAGCCUUAAUGAAGAGUCUGAUAUAGUUAAAAGGCAGAAUAAACCAGACUGUAGAUACUGCAAGGAUGACAAGAACAAAAAAUGCAAGCACUGUGCAUGCCAUGAAUGCGGUGGCAAGGAAGAUCCUGAUAAGCAAUUGCUGUGUGAUGAAUGUGAUCUGGCAUAUCACAUCUACUGUCUUGAUCCACCUCUGGAAAAAAUACCUGAUGAUGACGAUUGGUAUUGCCCCUUGUGCAAGAAUGAUGCUUCAGAGGUUAUACAUGCUGGAGAGAAGCUAAGAGAAAGCAAAAAAAAGUCCAAGAUGGUUUCAGCUAAUUCAACGUCAAACAGAGAUUGGGGAAAGGGUAUGGCAUGUGUUGGUCGCACCAAAGUUUGUACUAUUGUCCCUCCUAACCAUUUUGGACCUAUUCCUGGUUGUCCUGUGGGGUCACUAUGGAAGUUCAGAGUACAGGUCAGUGAGUCUGGUAUUCAUAGACCACAUGUCAGUGGUAUCCAUGGUCGUGACUCUGAAGGAGCAUAUUCUAUUGUAUUGGCAGGUGGAUAUGAGGAUGACGUGGAUAAUGGUGUAGACUUCAUUUAUACUGGUAGUGGUGGACGUGACUUGUCUGGCAAUAAACGAACAGCUGAGCAGUCAUGUGAUCAAAAACUAACCAAGAUGAACAGAGCACUUGCCAGAAAUUGUGCAGCUCCUUUAGAUGAUAAGAAAGGGGGAGAGGCGAAGAACUGGAAGGAAGGGAAACCAGUAAGAGUGGUAAGAAGCAGUAAGCUGGCAAAAUUUUCCAAAUAUGCUCCUGGAGAAGGAAACAGAUAUGAUGGUAUAUACAAGGUCGCAAAGUACUGGCCUGAGAAGGGGAAGUCUGGGUUCAUUGUUUGGAGAUACUUGUUCAAGCGUGAUGAUGAGUCUCCUGCACCAUGGACAAAGGAAGGAAAAGAAAUCACUAAAUCACUUGGGCUGAAGAUGGUGUAUCCUGAAGGGUUCUUAGAAGCUCAAGCAAAGAAGGAAGAGGAAAAGGCUGACAAGAUGAAAGGGAAAGGAAAAAGAAAAAGAGAAGAAGAAACUAAAUCAAGCCCAACAAAGUCACCCAACAAAAAGAAGAAAGUUCAUUCGAUAUCAGAGGAAAUCAAAAAACUAAUUAAUACAGAUACAGAGAAUGUAAAACUAUGGACUGAAAUAAUCAGUGAUAAAACUUUGGAUCACCAGAAAUUCCUUCAGAAGAUUGAAGAGCAAUUUUGUUGUAUCUGCUGUCAAGAUCUUGUCUUUAAACCACUAACAACAACCUGUCUGCACAAUAUUUGUAAAGGAUGCCUACAGCGAUCAUUCAAGGCUGGAAUAUACACAUGUCCAACCUGUAGAACAGACUUAGGAAAGAAUUAUCAACAGACUAUUAACACCAAUCUAGAAAAUAUUCUCAAUGAAUUAUUUCCAGGCUAUUCAAAGGGAAGAUAACCCUAAGUUGCUGUCUAGGGAAAGUUAGCAGAAUAUUAUUAGAUAAAUGCUUUAGAACAUAUUAUACAUGUCAAUAUUUUACUCAA